AUGAAGAGACGGCGGGGAAGAAGUACUGGAGCGAAUCAGGGAGGCGAGGACAUGGGGAAGACGAGGUGCGAGGAGUGGGAGCUUCGAAGAUUACUACGGCAGAUUCGUUCGGUGCUGUCGUUUUUGGUGGUACCUCUGAGCGAUUGCACAAUGGGCAUCAGACUUCAAGGCCAAUUAUUGUUUUCUCUCUAUUAA